UUCACCAAAUAAAAGCUGUUUGUGUUGGGGCGGCUGCGGAGCCAUUUUGGAAAUAACAUUCAUCCCAGAUUUGAUGAUAAUGAAAAUACAGAAAAAAGAAAAGCAGCCACCAAGCUUAAAAGCACUGAGCCUCUCCCCAAUGUCGUCUGCCUGGGACUGCAAGACUCAGGACACCUUUGCCAGCAGUGAAGAGCAGGACGAGGUGCCCCACCAGGUGACAGUGACAGCCACAAACACAGGUGGCCAGUGCCAGUGCCCGAAGGAGGAGCCCAAUGGGGCUCCCCAGAAGCGGACAAGCACCCAGAACGGGAUGCAGGACAGUGGGGGCACGGGGGUGAAGAAGAAACGGAAGAAAAAGGAUCUGGGAGAGCAGGAAGGGGGAGAUAAAGCAGCUGUGGAGGUGAAACCAAAGAGGAGGAGAGAACCUAAAGAACCAAAAGAGCCUAAAAAGGUGAAGGAGUGCAAGAAGCCGAAGGAGCCCAAGCAGAGGGAGGUGGCUAAGAAGCCCCGGAAGCCUCGGGAACCCAAAGCCCCGAAGGAGCCUAAAGACAAGAAGAGUGGCUCUGAGCCAGCCCCUAGAUCAAGACCCAAGAAGAGCAGCAAAGACACCCCUGUGGAGAAGAAGAAGAAAGGGAAGAGGAAAAAUGAGAUACCAGUGAACAGUUUGGAUUUGGAUCAGGAUCUCCUGAGCCCAUCUGUACAGAGCCCAGAGGAGUCUGCAGAAUCAGCUGACAGCCAGAAACGACGCUCAGGACGGCAGGUGAAGAGGAGGAAGUACAACGAGGACCUGGAUUUCAAGGUUGUGGAUGAUGACGGCGAGACAAUUGCUGUGCUGGGAGCUGGGCGAACCUCUGCGCUCUCUGCCUCUACUCUGGCAUGGCAGGCAGAGGAGCCUCCCGAGGAUGAUGCCAAUAUCAUUGAGAAGAUCCUUGCCUCCAGGAUGGUGCAGAAGGAGGCUCAUCCUGGAGGCCUGGCAUUUGAGACAGAGGAGUUCUACGUCAAAUACAGGAACUUCUCUUACCUCCACUGUAAAUGGGCAACUCUGGAGGAACUGGAGAAGGACCCCAGGAUCUCGCAGAAGAUAAAACGCUUCCGGAACAAGCAGGCUCAGAUGAAACAUAUUUUCACAGAGCCUGAUGAGGAUUUGUUCAACCCGGACUACGUGGAGGUAGAUCGAAUUUUGGAGGUGGCUCACACAAAGGACCCUGACACUGGGGAGGAGGUAACUCACUACUUGGUGAAGUGGUGCUCACUGCCCUAUGAGGAGAGCACCUGGGAGCUGGAGGAGGAUGUUGACCCAGGGAAGAUUAAGGAGUUUGAAGCCCUCCAAAUCCCUCCAGAAAUCAAGCACAUGGAGCGCCCAGCGUCUGAGUCCUGGCAGAAGCUGGAGAAGUCCCGGGAGUACAAGAACAGCAACCAGCUACGGGAGUAUCAGCUGGAGGGAAUGAACUGGCUGCUCUUUAACUGGUAUAACAGGAAGAACUGCAUCUUGGCUGACGAGAUGGGGUUGGGGAAGACAAUCCAGUCAAUCACUUUCCUCUCGGAGAUAUUCCUGAUGGGCAUUCAUGGCCCCUUCCUCAUCAUCGCACCUCUCUCCACCAUCACAAACUGGGAGAGGGAGUUCCGCACCUGGACGGAGAUGAACGCCAUCGUGUACCACGGCAGCCAGAUCAGCCGGCAGAUGAUCCAGCAGUACGAGAUGGUGUACAGGGACACACAGGGUAACCCUCUCCCUGGGAUCUUCAAGUUCCAGGUGGUUAUCACCACCUUUGAGAUGAUCCUUGCUGACUGCCCAGAGCUGAAGAAGAUUCAGUGGCGCUGUGUGGUCAUUGAUGAGGCACAUCGCCUGAAGAACAGGAACUGCAAACUCCUGGAGGGGCUGAAGCUCAUGGCCCUGGAGCACAAGGUGCUGCUGACAGGGACCCCCCUGCAGAACUCGGUGGAGGAGCUCUUCAGCCUCCUAAAUUUUCUGGAGCCACAGCAGUUCCCCUCAGAGACAGCCUUCCUGGAAGAGUUUGGAGACCUGAAGACAGAGGAGCAGGUGAAGAAGCUGCAGUCCAUCCUGAAGCCCAUGAUGCUGCGACGGCUGAAGGAUGAUGUUGAGAAGAAUCUGGCACCCAAGCAGGAGACCAUCAUUGAGGUGGAGCUGACCAAUAUCCAGAAGAAAUACUAUCGGGCCAUCCUGGAGAAGAAUUUCUCCUUCCUCUCCAAGGGUGCCAACCAGCACAAUAUGCCCAACCUCAUCAAUACCAUGAUGGAGCUGCGCAAGUGCUGCAAUCACCCGUACCUCAUCAAUGGGGCAGAGGAGAAGAUCCUGGAAGACUUCCGUAAAACACACUGCCCAGAGGCACCAGACUUCCAGCUGCAGGCGAUGAUCCAGGCAGCUGGGAAGCUGGUGCUCAUUGAUAAGCUGCUUCCCAAGCUGAUUGCUGGUGGGCACAAGGUGCUCAUCUUCUCACAGAUGGUGCGCUGCCUUGACAUCCUGGAAGACUAUCUCAUCCAGAGACGGUACACCUAUGAGCGUAUCGAUGGGCGGGUGCGCGGCAACCUGCGCCAGGCUGCCAUUGACCGCUUCUGCAAGCCAGACUCGGAUCGCUUUGUCUUUCUCCUGUGCACACGGGCAGGCGGGCUGGGCAUCAACCUGACUGCUGCCGACACCUGCAUCAUCUUUGAUUCCGACUGGAACCCACAGAAUGACCUGCAGGCUCAAGCUCGCUGCCACCGGAUUGGGCAAAGCAAGGCCGUGAAGGUCUAUCGCCUCAUCACCAGGAACUCCUAUGAGCGGGAAAUGUUUGACAAGGCCAGCCUGAAGCUGGGCCUGGAUAAAGCUGUGCUGCAGGACAUCAACCGCAAGGGCAGCACCAAUGGGGUUCAGCAGCUCUCCAAGAUGGAGGUGGAGGACCUGCUGCGGAAGGGUGCUUAUGGCGCACUCAUGGAUGAGGAGGACGAGGGGUCCAAGUUCUGUGAGGAAGACAUUGAUCAGAUCCUCCAGCGCAGGACACAGACUAUCACGAUCCAGUCUGAAGGGAAGGGCUCCACAUUUGCAAAGGCCAGCUUUGUAGCAUCAGGAAACAGAACUGACAUUUCUUUAGAUGACCCCAACUUCUGGCAGAAGUGGGCCAAGAUAGCAGAGCUCGAUACAGAUGCCAAGAAUGAAAAGGAGAGCCUGGUCAUUGACAGACCCCGGGUGAGGAAGCAAACCAAACACUACAACUCCUUUGAAGAGGAUGAGCUGAUGGAGUUCUCCGAGCUGGACAGUGACUCGGAUGAGCGACCCACACGCUCACGGCGCUUUAACGAGAAGACACGACGGUACCUGAGGGCUGAGUGCUUUCGUGUGGAGAAGAACCUGCUCAUAUUUGGCUGGGGACGCUGGAAAGAUAUCCUGACCCAUGGACGGUUCAAGUGGCACCUGAAUGAGAAGGACAUGGAGAUGAUUUGUCGGGCCUUGCUGGUGUAUUGUGUCAAACACUACAAGGGGGAUGAGAAGAUUAAGAGUUUUAUCUGGGAUCUCAUCACGCCAACGAAGGAUGGCCAGAAUCAGGCUCUGCAGAAUCACUCAGGCUUGUCAGCACCGGUGCCCAGAGGCAGGAAGGGGAAGAAGACAAAGAACCAGAUGCUGCUUCCUGAGAUAAAGAAUGCAGACUGGCUCGCCACCUGCAACCCCGAGGUGGUGCUCCAUGAUGACAGCUACAAGAAGCACCUCAAACAACACUGCAACAAGGUUCUGCUGCGGGUGCGAAUGCUCUACUACCUGAAGGCUGAAGUGCUGGGGGAGGCUGCAGAUAAAGCCUUCGAGGGGACCCCUGCCAGGGAGCUGGAUGUGCUGCUGCCAGACAUUGACUACGUGGAGAUCCCAGUGGACUGGUGGAAUGCUGAAGCUGAUAAAUCCCUGCUCAUUGGCGUCUUCAAGCAUGGUUACGAGCGGUACAACGCCAUGCGGGCGGACCCAGCGCUGUGUUUCCUGGAGAAGGUGGGCAUGCCAGAUGAGAAGCUGCUCUCUGCCGAGCAGGGCGUCAGCGAUGGGGCACAGGAUGCUGCCGAAAGGGGCAGUGUGGAAAAAGAAGAGAGCAGUGGAGAAAAGCUGGAGGGACUGUCAAAACAGGAGGACAUCGUGGCUUCUGGGGUGGGUGAAGCCAGUGAGAAGCGGGACGAACCAGCGGCAGCCCAGGAUGGCUCCGACUCAGACAGAUCCUGCUGGCCUGUCUCCUCUGCUCUCACGGCCAGACUGCGGCGACUCGUCACCGUCUACCAGCGCUGCAACCGUAAGGAGGUGCCUCCCCGCACGGAGAUGCUGGUGCCUGGUAACCAUGGCUACUGGCUGCAGGAUGAGAUGUUCCGGAGAGCCUCUGAGAUGGACUCAGUGAACAAAGAAAUACAGAAAAGGUGGACCAGGAGGGAGCAGGCAGAUUUCUACCGCACUGUCUCCUCCUUUGGGGUUAUCUAUGACCAAGAGAAAAAAAUCUUUGACUGGGCCCAGUUCCGAGCCAUCUCUCGUCUGGAGAAGAAGACGGAUGAGAGCCUGGAGAAGUACUUCUACAGCUUUGUGGCCAUGUGCAAGAAUGUCUGUGGUCUCCCUUUGUGGAAAGAGGAUGGUCCUCCAGACCCUGACAUCUACGUGGAGCCCAUCACGGAAGAGCGUGCUGCCAGGACCCUGUACCGCAUUGAGCUGUUGCGGAAGGUGCGCGAGCAGGUGCUCAAGUGCCCCCAGCUCCACGAGCGCCUCAAGCUGUGCCGGCCCAGCCUCUACCUGCCCGUGUGGUGGGAGUGUGGCAAACACGACCGGGACCUGCUGAUCGGCACCGCCAAGCACGGCCUGAACCGCACCGAUUACUACAUCAUGAAUGACCCCCAGCUGUCUUUUUUAGACGCGUACAGAAACUAUGCCCAGCAUAAAAGAACAGGGCUCCCAGGCCCAGAAACUCUCUGCUGCCUUUACCAGUCCAACUCCGAACUCUACGGUUCCCCUGUGUACAGCCAGAUGGACCAGACCUGUGAAACCCUGGAGAAUGAAGCCGAGAGUCACAUCAAGCUAGAAACUGUGGACAGCACCAUGUCCCAGGCUGGAGGCAGCCCACUGGACACAAACUGUGAAACGUUCAUGUCUGAGGUCCGGGACAUCAUUUCCAGUAACUAUGACGAGAGCUCGCUGCCGGACUCGCUGGUGUGCAUGAUGUAUGAUGAGAAAGCCUGUCCCAGUGAGCAGAGCUCCCUCGCCAGGGACAGCCCAAGCUGCACAGAUGUCGGAAGCAGCGUUGCCAAACUCUCUGAGGGCAAGCUGGAGGGGGAUGAGGAUCCAUCCAGCUGUGAUGCAGAUGCUGUGAGAGAGGCUCCCUUCCUUGAGGGCUUGCAGGUGGGCUCUGACCGAAUGGACAAUCAGAAUGAGGAAGCUGAGGCUUCACCUUCUACCCCCGAGAGCAAUCCUUCACAGAGUGCCCCAGCCAAGCUCAGCAAAGGCUUGGAACAGAAAGGAGCACUUGCCAGCCCGUCAGCAGGGCUGCCCGAGCACGACACCAUGGAAAGGGUCCUAAGUGUGGGGCUCUACAGUCCCAGUCUCCAUAACUAUGAACUGAAGGUUCCUCCUGAGCAGAGGUUCAUCAGUCUGCUGCAGGAGAAAGGACUGGAGGCAAAGUUGGGGCCAAGUCAGAGCCACAGUGAGGAAGAUGAGGAGGACGAAGAGGAUGAUGAUAACUCUGAGGCAGCAGCAGAUGCUGUGGAAGGCUUGAAUGGUCCCAGGACCAGGGCUGAUUGUGACCCAGAGGCUCAUGAACUGGGGGGUGAGGAGCAGAGCUCUGGUCUCCCUACACCUGAGGACACUUGCCCAGAAGACGUAAAUGGCGAGAGGGAGUCUCCCAGGGCAGAGGGCAGGGAGGACUGUGGUUUGAAUGAGGAGAGCACCCAGCAGCACUCACCAGGCCAGGCUCAGAGCCAGCCCUUCAGCCUACCCACACCUCUGCUUCAGGGGGAACCUCGGAGGGCAGAGCCCCCUUGUGUCAUGGGGGAGCCCUUCAGCCAAGAUGCUGAGGAGCAGACAGGCUGCACAGAGACCCCACACCCUGAGCCUCAGGGCAUAAAGCAAGAAGAGUGUGAGAACAGAGAUGAUGAGGAGAAAGCCAGCAGUAACCAGAGCCAAGAUGGUCCAGAGAAGUACUUGGAGGAAGAGAACAAGAAUUCUGCUUCUGUCCUGCCUGGGGAGAUUGAUGAUCUUCAGGAUGCCCGGGCACCGACCAUUGCCCAGCUGCUGCAGGAGAAGACGCUUUACUCCUUCUCUGAGUGGCCUAAGGACCGUGUGAUCAUCAACCGCAUUGACAACAUCUGCCAUGCCAUCCUGAAGGGCAAGUGGCCUUCCUCCAGCCAGCAGUUUGAGGCACAGAACCUGCUGACAACCCCAGCCAUGGCCAGCAACACCGGCAGCAGGAGCAGCUUUACCGAGUCAGAGAGCCCCGAUCCCAGCUUCAAUAGCGGAGUCUUAAUGUCACGGGUACAAAAGGAAGGUUUCCUGAGCCCUGCCUUUGUAAAAGACGAGCGGAAGCACAGGAGACCCUAUGAAUUCGAGAUGGAGAGAGAUGCCAAACAGAGGAGCCUGGAGCAGCUGGCAGCAGCCCAUGUCCAUCCACCCAUUGUGCUGAAUGGCUGGCGCGAGGCAGCGGUGGACUUGUCCAGAGCCUCUGAUGGGUCCCAGGGGAACUCCUCUCCUUUCCCCCUGAACACAAACAUGCCCAAACUGGGGACCAUGAGCGCGCUCCAGAGCUCCCUGGGCAUGGACUUGUCUGGCAUCCUACAGGCAGGGUUAAUCCAUCCUGUCACUGGACAGAUUGUAAACGGCAGCCUCCGAAGAGAUGAUGCUGCCAUGAGGAGGAGACGGGGCAGGAGGAAAAAUGUCGAAGGGAUGGACCUCAUCUUCUUGAAGGAGAGGACUCUUCCAAACAGGCUGCAGGAUGUUCAGGAUGACCAGCCGCAGCCCCCUCAGAACAGUCCCCUCCCUGAUGGGUCGGUUGCUGCUACCUCAACUCCACAGCCAGUCCCAGCUGCAGGCAGCCAAGAGAAGGCUGUCCCGAAUAAGAGUCUCCUUGACUGGCUCCGGCAGCAGUCUGACUACACACUCGAUGUUCCCAGCUUUGGCACAAAUUUUUCAGACAAGCCCAAGCAGAGGAGGCAGCGCUGCAAGGACCCCAACAAACUGGACAUUAGCUCUCUGACGGGAGAGGAGCGGGUGCCGGUGGUACAUAAGGGUACCGGACGGCGGUUAGGGGGAGCCACGGCACCAGCAUUGAAGGAAUUGCCAAGGUGGCUUGAUGCAAACUUGGAGUAUGCUGUUGCAGCUGACUGGGCUGACAUUGUUAAGCUUUCAGGCUACUUACCCGAAAACAAAUUCAAUCGCAUCCUCACCGAGCCUGUGCUCCGGGACGCUGGGCCACGACGGAGAGGGAGGAGGCCCCGGAGUGAACUCCUUAAAGGCCCUGGUGUUGUAGCAGAUUCUUCUUCUGGAAUGGGACCAUUGUUCAUGAACGGACUAAUUGCUGGGAUGGAUCUAGUGGGACUUCAGAACAUGAGAAAUAUGCAAGGGAUCCCUCUGACCGGGCUGGUCGGGUUUCCUGCUGGCUUUGCAGCAGUGCCCGCUGGUGAGGAUGUGAAGAGCACCCUGAGCAUGUUGCCCAUGAUGCUGCCGGGCAUGGCGACCGUACCCCAGAUGUUCGGUGUGGGAGGACUCCUCAACUCCCCGAUGACAACGACUUGCACCGCAACUGCUCCGACUUCGUUAACAAGCACAACGAAAGGUGGCACAGCCAGCGCCGAGAAGGCCAACGAGGAGAAACAGGGCAGCCAGGAUGGGAAAAAAGAACCUCUCGCCGAAGAUAAGCCUGGUCCUAGUUCAUUUUCUAAUCAGACAGAAUCCGCAAUAACUACCAGUAGUCCUGUAGCUUUUAACCCAUUUCUUAUCCCAGGGAUGUCUCCUGGACUGAUCUAUCCCUCCAUGUUCCUUUCCCCUGGCAUCGGCAUGGCGCUGCCUGGCAUCCAGCAAACCAGGCACUCAGAGGUGGUGAACCUGGAGAGCCAGAAGCGGAAGAGGAAGAAAGCGAAAGGGGAAUUGGCAAAUCCAGAGCCAGAAACUGUCUCACUGCCGGAAAAAGAAGAUGCAAACAGUCAAAACUGUGUGGAGCAGAGCCCACCAGCGGUGGCAGAGAAGGAGCAGGACGGACCAGCAGAGAAGGAGCGCCAAGCAGCUCACAAUACCGAUUAGAACUUUUGUUUCAUUGAAAGAAAAACAGAAAAAGAUUGUGGCUUGUGAGUUUCUUAUCCCAUAAACUCUUUGUUACUUCCCCUCCCACCCCACUCCACCUUCAUAAACCUGUGUUUCCAUGAGUAAUAUUAUCUACCUAAUUCCCUGUCGGAAAAAACUGGUGACAUACUACAUGUUAAUAGUUGCAGGGUCUUGCCACUUUAUUAGAUAAACAGUGUUGUCUAGCUAGUAUGGGAGGCACCGAAUUCUCAUUCUGUUUUUCCAGUCGAUCAUCCCAGCCAACAAUAGCAAAUCCAGUACUUGGUCACCCCCUGCAAAUUGCUCACUCCUUUGAGAAGAAAAAGCAGCAAAAAAACAAGAGCAAAAGUGUUUAUCUCUUGGUCUAACACACAGACAAGGGUAUUUCUGUCUACAGCGAUACUGAACGAAAAAGCCUAUAUUUGGGCUAAAAGCACAGCUGUAGUAAGUGCUAAUGUGUAUUUUUGAUUUAAAGUAUUUCCCUAUUUUAUCAUGGUUACUAGAAUAGUAGUAUAGACAGAAGUAUAUAACUAAUGACUGAAAAUGCAUAUAUUCAUUUUUUUUGAAAGGAAACGCAUAACUGGUAGUGAUAUAAUUUCUUGAUCACCCCCACCUCAAAGGUUUGGAGACAAACUGCAGAGUGAAAAACGAUGUAGACAUUCUUUUGUAUUUUUUAAAACCAAUGUUUGGUUUUAUGUUAUGUGGAGUUUAGUUGCCCUUUCCUUGGUAGUUACAAGACUUUCCAGCUUGAGCUGGAAGGGUUUUGCACACUUGCAUGACUUUUCUGGGGUUACUGUAUCUGUAGCAACCAGUUCCUUCAUCAUUCUGCUUGUCUUCAGUUCCCCUCUCUGGCGUUAGUUCUCAGCUAUGGCAUUAUAGGUGCUCUAAAGGUAUUUUUUUUCCAGCCAUGAACAGACCAUACUGACUUUAAUGCUCUUAUAUGAACACUGAGGCUUUCUGAGUUUUUAUAUUUCCCACUCCUUACCCCAGAAGUGAUGUUCUUUCAGCAAACACGGAGAAGGCUGUAGGCCAGCUUCCCUCCUUGGGGUGUCCUCUGAGAAGGACCCUUGAGACUUUCAGAGCCUGAAUUUCUUACCUUCUAGUGGUGGACUGUGAAGAGAUGACUUUGGCUUCUUCCCAUUCCGAUUGCUGUUGAACAGUAUUUCCAGUCCUCCAAAUGAUUUCAGCAUCUGCAUUUCAAAUGGAUGGGUUUUAAUGCUGCCAGCCCCCUGCUCCAGCUCUGGGUACUGAGACUCCUCCACAGGCAACUCUUCUGAUUUCUCCUUCCCCUCACUCCUUUAAUUCUUCUUUCACUUGGGGUUGUUCUUACUUGCAGCUCAUGGUCUGAGAAUUGAAUAAAGCCACAGUGGUGCAGCUGUGAGCGAAGGGCAGGCUGGGAGGGAGUUGGAGUGUGCUAUUCAUCAGUUUCACACUUGGUUGUCACAAUUUACUGUAUUUUUUACUUUUUUUUUUCUGUUGCAGUUUUUGCUAAUUUAUCAGAUGGUCCAAAUGUUUUGACAUAACUAUUUCAGUUUGCAUUAUUUAUUUAUGAUGCUUUUUGUCAUUGUCUUUUAUACAUUUGGGAUUAUAAAUUAUGUACAUGUUAAAAUUAGCAUCUCAAAGAAGUCUGUUACCCGUGGUCAAAAACACAGUUGGUUUAUAUUUUCACAGAAUUUAUUCCCAGUUUACUGGAUUGGAUGAUUUUUUUUUAAGUAUGUAGCCAAUCAUAAUGCAAUCCUCCUCCCCCCCAAUAAUUGUGUUCUAUUUAAUAACAUUCUUGUAGCAUAGAUACUGUAUCACUAUCAACAGAUUUCUUAGAAAUGCUGCUAUCUCUAUUUAACUAACAUUUUGUUCAGUUUUUGCCUCCAGUGGAAGCAGAAAGGGUUUUUUCAGCUGUUAAAUCCAAAAUCAAUAUAAUUUAUUUAUGUAAAAAAAAAAAGUCACGAUUGAUAUAUUUUUGAACCUUUUAAGUACUAACUUUGUUUUUAUUCAGUGGAAGAACAUGUACUUGCCCUAAAUCCUUAAAAUACAAAUGCUAUAAAACUUCA